CUCCGCAUGCUCGGCGACGCCGCGUGCCUGCAGUCGCUUGCGCUCGAGCACGUCUCCUGGGGCGUCUCGGGCUCGUGCGUCGUCCGCCCGGGCGUCGCGUUUCGGCACCUCAGGCACCUCGACGUCGUCGCGUGCACAGACAACCUUGCGCUGUCUGCUGCGGUCCUGUCUUCCGCGGUCGCUACUGGCGGCGGCGGCACUCGGUGUUCCGGAAGAUCACACGAGAGGGCGUAGGGGACGACGACACGGCCCUCGUCGCAAGCUUCCUGCGCCCACCCAGCGGCGCGUCCCACUGCACCGUGCGCGAGGCCGUGUCCAGCAGACCAGACGCGCUCGACGGUGCGUCGCACCGGCACUCUUCGUCUUUCUCUUCCUGAAUCAGAGCCCUCACCGACGGCGCGCACGACACGGCCGCUGCCACCUUCACAGAACGGGGCUCCCGCGGCGCGUCGUACACCGACCCUGGAGACACCGUCCCAGCAGCGGACCGUCGCGUGGCACCGGCCCCUGCCAUCGUCCGGCUACUCCUGGGGACACGACCGGCCGACUGCUGCAGCCCUGCGCGCGGCGCUUCAGUCCUUGGACGGCGUAUGCGAACGCAGGCUGUCCGGCGCCAGCUACAGCCGGCUGGGCAGGCGCGAGUUUGGGUGUCUUGGCCGAAGGGUCACGCGCGGAGGCCCGACGGACGGCCCGUUGCGGCAGAGAGCCGGUGGGGACGCGUGCGUGCAGCACUGUGAUGACGAGCGCGCCUGCGGGCUCUUCGUGGACGCUCUGUGCGACUGGUGCGCGCACCGUGCACGCGCGGAGAAUUCGAGCAGACGCAGGCGUGAAAUUUUUUAUUUUUAUUUUUAUAAAAAAAGGUAGACGAGGCACUCGCUCACGCUCCUUUUGGAGACGUUAUGUGCUGAGCGCCGCUGUGGGCCUGCUGUUCAGUGGCACGUGGGCAAGCAGGGCGCAGGCCUGGCGCCCGGAGCACAAGGUCGAGGCCCGCAGCCAGAAGCGAACCUAGAACCUCUGGGAACACGUGGCAGCGCAAGCAUACGGUGACUGGCGAUGCGAGAGGCGUUCGGCGGGCAGAGAAUGAUGUAGUUAGAUAUGCCCAGACGUUUUGAAAAGGCCUAGUAAUUGCUUGUGAAUGCGAAGAGCGCU